UCCAAGCCAACAAACGCCAAUUUAGCAAUUUAUUCCAGUUCCCUCCAAGAAUCCUCAGACCUUUUGAGCGUCUUCGUGCGUUCUGAAUCGCCGGGACGAUCGGAAAGAAGGAAACCGAAUCAACACGAAAAUGGCGAGUUCACUGCAGAGAUUCGGUAAGAAUCUAGCUCGAGUUCAUCGAUCACCUCUAGUUUUUGCAAUGAGAUUGUUGUCUUCAGGUGCCUUGGUGGAAGUGAAGCCUGGUGAGGUUGGGAUGGUCUCCGGAAUCCCUGAACAACACCUCCGACGAAGGGUUAUAAUACAUUCGCCUGCGAGAACGGCAUCACAGCAAGGGUCAGGGAAAGUUGGGAAAUGGAGAAUUGAUUUUCUUUCAACUCAGAAGUGGGAAAAUCCAUUGAUGGGAUGGACAUCAACUGGAGACCCGUAUGCAAAUGUUGGUGAUGCAGCACUUGAGUUUGACAGUGAAGAAGCUGCAAAAGCAUUUGCUGAGAAGUAUGGCUGGGAAUACACAUUUUUGCCUGAAGAGAAUGUGAAAUUAUGAGGAAACAAACAACUAUGGUACUAUGCUGUUCUCUGUGUCUCUUUAAAGAUGUUGCAAUUUGUUGACAUCUGCCUUUUUAAGCUUUUGCAGUUUCUUUCAUUCGUUCAACACGGUAAGUGUACCUAUAAAGCAGCAAUAUGAGGCUGAAGUGAACUAUGCUUAUCAGGGUUUGAAAUAAUGGUUGAAAGGUUGAAGCAUGCAGUUAUCUGCAUUUUUCAAGUUUUUUUAUCCAUUUGCUUCAUAGAUUAGUUAUGAAUGUUGGCAGCACAAUUCUUCAGGAAGGAACAAUUUAAGAGAUGAAAGAAGAGAACAGAACAGUUUAUUGGAAGGAUUUGAAAGGAAAAAAGAAUGAUGCAUACGAUUAUGAGAAUAGACUGUGUAACUGAGAUGCCUUACUUGAGAGAUUAAAGGAUAGUGCUGAGGUGCACUCUAGUUGGGACAGACUCCCCCUUCCCCCUUGUUUUCUCCUAAUUGAAAAGUGUAUCAUCUCCCACCAUUUUUUAAAGUGUUAACCAAUUACCCUUUUUUCAGCCCAGUUCAAUGAUAUUUUUUAUAUAUAAAUAUUUUUCUCCUGUGCAGGUUAAGAAGCCACAUACUCCUAUUCUCAAGCCCAAGUCAUAUGCUGACAACUUCAAAUGGAAGGGUCCCCCAAGUACUGAGGAGGACUAAAUUUCGUCAAUCACAUGAAGUUCUUCCGAGAUACUAGACUAUCACAGCAACAUGGUUUGUGCUGUAGCCUGUAUACCUCUCUUUACAUAAUUCUUGUAAGAAGAAAUAUUGUUGAUUCCAGACUAUCUCAAUAUCAUAUAUAGUCUGUAAUAUCGCCGUCAAGACAAUGAUACAUUCUUUGUAUUAUAUUGAUAAUGUUUGUCAACAUUAAUUCUGUUUUUCUUUUGACAAUUUCUAUGUACUUGCAUUUGAGUCAUUGUCAAUGUUACAC